UGGAAGCGGAGACUCGCCUGGAUGCCGAGAGCGAACGGCGGAGAACAAGCAAUGUGCGACUCGUAGAACAAACCUCGAAACAAGCGAGCUAGCGAGCGGCGAAGACAUGGAGAAUUUGUUAGCCAAGGCUCUCUAUGACAAUAAAGCAGAGUCUUCUGAUGAGCUGGCAUUUCGCAAAGGGGACAUCUUGACAGUGAUUGAACAGAAUGUGCUUGGCAGUGAGGGCUGGUGGAAGUGUUCUCUGCAUGGACGGCAAGGGCUGGCUCCAGCCAAUCGGCUUCAUUUACUCUCCCCGUUUCAGGAAGACGUCUUGCCUCUCCGAGGUUCUCAUGGGAGCUACACAGAGAAGUUUCCUUCCUUUCCAGCCCUGGAGAAACCUCCAACAUAUAGUGUUCAGAAUAUCUAUCAAAUCCCAACGCCUGCCCGACCUGUAGGUCCAGCCUAUGAAGUCAUGGAAAGUGUCUACAAAGUUCCAUUGCAGCAUUCCCCAAGACAUCCUGUACCAUCUUCACUCAGACAGUCUUUGGAGAGCACAUCAGAGGCAUUGACUAAGGCCCUGCCAUUCUCUGGAGGAACAGCAGGUUCCUGUUUGAGCUAUCCUGGCAAAACUCAGAAGGAAGUAUAUGAUGUCCCCACUCUUCAGAGGCGUUCUUCACAGUUCACAAUGCAGUCAGCCCCACCUGGCAUACGGAAGCAUUCUCAAUUUGUCUCACAGACUGAAUUAGAAAAACCUCCACACCAGUGGUACGAUAUUCCUGGAAUGACUAAAGCGUGCAUUGGAAAUGAAGGAAAUGUCUAUGCAGUUCCUCCAGCUAUAUGCCAGGACCCCAGUUAUGACAUACCUGUCCCAUCAAGUGAAGAAGGUCAAAAGAGGCUAACCGUUGGUUACAAUACACUUCCAAAUCCACGGAAAUCUGAUUGGAUCUAUGAUGUUCCAGUUUCUCCAGAAAAGCAGGAGCUGAAGUCCUCUGGCCUGGGAUCCUAUGGCACACUGCCCUCAAAAGGCGGGAUAUCAGGAAGGCAACUUUUCUAUGACACCUUGCCUGCUCGAACUGGAGAAAAACCCACUCCUCUAAACACAAGUUCUGUUUAUGACAUCCCAAAGUCCACCAUUGACACAAAUGUGGAAAAUAAAUGUGUAACUAGAACCAACAAUACUGAUCUAUAUGAUGUACCCCCAAGUGUAAAACAACAGGUAUUUCCAGUUCUGAGUAUGUAUGAUGUUCCCCAGUCUUCGGGAGAACAUUCCCCCCGCAGAUCGUCCAACAAUCCUGCACCCCUGCAGUCUCAUAUGACUUCCACCACAUUCCCCAUCAUGCACAGGGAAGUGCCUUGCCCUAUGUAUGACCGUCCACGUGGUUCCACGGGAAGAGAGGGACAAAUAAUGGGAGGAGGGCCAGUUGAUAUAUCAGCACCCAAAGAAUCAGUUAUAGAAAACUGUGAGCAAGAAGAAAAUUCAAGUGUCAAAAGUGCAGACAGCCAACGCAACAGCACAGCCUCUACAUCAUCUUCCUCCUCUUGUGAUUCUUUGCCACCCACAUCUCUGUCACCAGAGCCACAGAGAGAGGUGACGCUCACCAUAGAAGAAGCUAUUAUGAAGCUUGGACAGCUUCAAUCAGAUGUGUGUCAACCAGUGUCACGGCUUAUGGUGUUCAUCAGCAGUCAGUGGAGAGCAAGGCAUCAUCUGGCAGUUCACUUAGAAGAAGUUAGAUCUGCAACUGAAGAGAUUACAGCCUCCAUGGCUCACUUCCUAGAUUUUGCUCGAGAUGUGAGAGGCAAUGCCAAACAUCUUAAAGACAUUAGCCUACAGGCACGGCUCCAAAAGCAGUUAGCUAUUGUGGAGGAUUCUGGACUUAUCCUGCAGGAAGCUGCUGAAGCCUUAGCAAAGUUAGGAUGGCACAUUGACUCUCUUUUUCAAGAUGAUACCAAUACUGCUGGUACACCUGAUCACCUCGAUAGGUUUGUGAUGGUUGCUCGAACCGUCCCUGAAGAUGUUAAAAGACUUGUUUCCAUUCUUAAUGCCAAUAGCAAACUUCUCUUCAGGCAGAAUCCAAAGGUCAUUGAAGUAAAGCACAGAGGGAAGUCUGAUCCAGAGGAAAUAAAGACAAAUAUGGAUCAGACUCAAGAGUUCAUGGAUUCAGGUGUUGAGGACAACGACUAUGUCCAGCUGCAGAGAAAAGAAGAGUUUGAGGAGCAACAAAAGGCUCAGAAGCACAAGGCACCUUUGAAGACUCCAUUGGCCACUCGUCCUCAGCAGGCUGAGGAAAAGGCAGUUUCUUCUACAAAAGGAAAGGAGUGUGGCACACAAGUCCAGCUGGUGUCCUCAGAACACUGUCGCCUUUACUUUGGGGCUUUACAGAAGGCGAUAGGUGUAUUUGUCACAAGCCUCAUUGAUGGCCAACCACCUGAGAAAUUCAUUUCGCACAGCAAGCUGGUGAUCAUGGUCGGCCAGAAGCUGGUGGACUGCUUGUGUAAGGAGGCCCACAAGAGUGAGUUGGGCCGGGACUUGCUUAGCAAAAGCAACCAUCUCUGUGCUCUACUUAAGCAGCUGGCAGUAGCCACCAAGAAAGCUGCAGUUCAUUUCCCCGACAAGAUUGCUCUGCAGGAGGCACAGGAUUUUGCCAAAGAGCUGGCACAGAGAGCACAGAACUUUCGGACAUCUCUCCAGCUGUGAAAUACCCACUGGCAGAAGAACUUCUGGUUUUCCACUUUAAAAUUUGCACCCGAUUCUUUGAAAAACAUAUGGGCAUAGGAUGCUGUAAAUACUUUGGUACAGAGAAAGCAAUUUCUGAAACUAGAGAAGCAGUCUAACAUGAUGGCAACAGGCUGUUUUCUAAUAAUCCUGUUCCUGCCAUCCUGGUGUAGCCUGGAGCACACUUUAAGGGGAAAGCUGCGUCUCUUGGGGCUGUCAAGUUAGUGAAUACAUACAUGAAUAUUAUGCUAAUAAUAUUUUUUUGUUUAUAUUGUGCAUAUUUUUGUCAAAAUGGUUGAACAACAGAGAAUACCAAGAGCCUUGUGGCAGAGUGAAAAUCCCAGCAACACCAUCUCAGUGAUGCCAAUCUUUGUCUGGUUUCAGCCUUUUAGUUUGUAUCUCUGUCUAACUGGCCUGCCCUGCCUUCCUCAAAGGUGUUUUGUCCAAAGCCCCCGGAACAGACAUUUAGAUGUACAAACACCUUCACACGAUUGCCAGCCAGCUUUGGGACAUUCCUUCCCACCAUGGUGUCAUUAAGGCUCAGGUCUCAUGUUAUAUUUAUACACAUUGAACCUAGAGCCUUGAACCUAGAGCCCCAACGGUUUGUCUUGUUGCUCAGUAUUUAAAGCAUUGCAUCCAAAUACAUCAGAACUUUUUUGAAAUGGUGCCACAGUGGUAUAGUGGAUCCCGGACUCUUGAGUUCAAAGAGUUUCUUGUCCAUGUAGAGUUUGCACGUUCUCUGUUGUCUUUUGUGUGUGUUUUAUCCUAAUCCCCAAAGACACAUAUGUCAGAUGAAUUGGUAAUUCCAAACUUACCCUAUAUGAGUGUGAACGAGAUGGACUGGCUCUAGCCCCUCUGUGACCCUGAUUUGGGUUAGUCAGUUUUGAGAGUUUUCUGGGAUGCAAUAUUUAAAAGAACACACAGACUUAAAAAUUGGUACACACAAGCACCUCCAAACAGACACAGGAGAUUAAAUAGCCAUAAAUCUUUGACAUGGUCCUCAUACUACUGGAAUAAAACCAAAGUCAGUAUACUGAGGAAUGGAGCCUGCCAGCCCAAGAGCUAGGUGGUAGGUACAACAGUCAGUUGUAUGCUUUGCCACCCUACCAUGACACAGCUGUGAUAGCUCAGUACUGUCAGCCAUACUCUCCUUCCCCUAAAUAUCAGGUCAGAGUGGCAUGAAAACUAAACCUGGCCGAUAUACAACACUGCAAUAAUAAAUUUGAGUCGGUCAGUAUUUAGAACGCCUGACAUACACGUUGGAGCUUCACAGUCCAAAUUCACUCACUAUACAGUGCAUCC